ACGGCGUACUCUGUCCCACGAAACAAACACGCGUAAAAAUGAAGAACCACAACAACGCGUCGAAAAAAGGCAAACUCAAGCCAGGAUCUCAGAAAAGAAAAAAUAAAUGCAUUGUGAUGUUUGACGACAAAAACCGACAGGAGUUCCUCACGGGCUUCCAUAAACGGAAAGUAGAAAGGAGGAAAGCUGCGGUGGUUGAAAUCCAGAAGAAAAUCAAGGAAGAGCAGAAGAGAGUUCGCGAGCAGAGGCACAAGGAAUACAUGAAGAUGUUCAAAGAGAGGACAGAGGCUCUUGAGGAGGAUGAAGAUGAUCUCGAAGAUGUAAUAACUGGUACAACAGAGUCCGUUCAGUUUGAUCACCCAAACCACACCGUCACUGUAACAACUAUCAGUGACCUUGACUUCACAAAGACAAGCCUUCUUGGGCCAGCAGAAAGACAGGGUAAGGAAGAUGGGAAUGAGGAGGAGGAAGGGCAAGAGGAGAAAAAAGGGGUAGAGGAGAAAAGAUGUGCAAUUCCGAAGAGAGCCGGAAAUCCCAUCCUUAACAAAAAGAUCCGCUCCCUGACAGCCUCGCUCUCUAAUUACACCAAGCAACGAAAGAGGAAAGGGAAGCAGGAAGGCAGAGGAGAACGGGGCCAGCCAACCCACAGGAGGCCCGCUGUCACAGAGAACAAGAACAGGCUCGGUAGGACCACCAAGAAGCACAGGCGCCGACAGACAGGGAAGCGUGUGCAUCACCAGGACUGAGAGACAAAGUGUGUUUAAAAAAAAGAAAGAAAUGGGAUAUUUGUUGUGUGGACUAUGAAGAGACUGGAAUGUUUUUGGUUGGGAUCCAACAAGUGACCAUAAUGGAUUUGUAAAAUGUACGGUGCUUUCAUUAGAGCUGGAAGUGUCUGUGGCCAAAAAAGGUGCAGAAAAAAACAGACACUAUCAUUCAAGUCUGUACUCAGAUGCCAAACAGAGAGCUUCUCUUCCAGCCGUUGUUCUUAGUAAAUCCAUAGGAUCUGAGCUCUUCCUUCCUCGUUCACGUGGUCAUAUUUGUGCAUUUUAUCACAACAGCUUUUUAUGUAAUGUUCUGUUUCCUACAUUGUACACAUUAAGUAUCGACAUAGAUUUUCAUUAAAUGAAAGAAGAUAUA